GUAUCCUGUGAGAUGACUCUAUAAUUGAAAAAUUAAUUAAGAAUUAGAGAGCUUGGAGAUUAUUAUUAAUAUAUUUUUUUAAUUAUAUAAAUUUUAUUUUUUCCAUUGUUUAGCUCUUCACAUACACAGCGAGUUCCACCAGAUUGGCUUUGCUAAAAUGGAGCCUGAAUCUGGACUUCGCAGUCCUUCUAAUCCCUCUCAGCUUUCAUGGGUUAAUCUCUCCAGGAAUCUAAUAUUAGCAUACCAAAGCUUUGGUGUAGUGUAUGGAGACCUGAGUAUUUCACCUCUCUAUGUUUAUACAAGCACAUUUACUGGCAAGUUGCAGAACCAUCAAAAUGAGGAAGCAAUAUUUGGUGCAUUUUCUUUGAUUUUCUGGACCUUUACACUGAUGCCUUUGAUUAAGUAUGUCUUUAUCAUAUUGAGUGCAAGUGAUAAUAAUGAAGGUGGCACAUUUGCUCUCUACUCACUGCUUUGCAGGCAUGGGAAGUUUAGUUUACUUCCCAAUCAACAGGCAGCUGAUGAGGAGCUCUCAACCUACAAAUAUGGUCCGACAGCACAGCUUGCACGCACCUCUGUGCUGAAGAGAUUUCUAGAGAAGCACAAAAUGCUACGGACUGCCUUGCUUAUUGUUGUACUAUUUGGUGCUUGCAUGGUUAUAGGAGAUGGUAUACUUACUCCAGCAAUGUCAGUUUUAUCAUCAAUGUCAGGUCUGGAAUUUUAUGAGAGUAGAUUAACAAAGGGUGAAGUUCUCUUGCUUGUGUGCAUCAUUUUGGUGGCCCUGUUUGCUCUUCAACAUUGUGGCACUCACAAAGUAGCAUUUAUGUUUGCUCCAAUUGUGAUCAUCUGGUUGGCGUCUAUAUUUUCCAUUGGGUUGUAUAACAUUAUAUACUGGAACCCAAAGAUUGUUCGUGCAAUUUCGCCCCAUUAUAUUAUCAAGUUCUUUGUUCAGACUGGUAAAGAUGGUUGGAUUUCUCUUGGAGGGAUCCUUCUUUCAAUAACUGGCACUGAAGCUAUGUUUGCUGACCUUGGUCAUUUUACUGCCUUGUCCAUUAGGAUUGCAUUUGUAUUUGUUAUAUAUCCAUGUUUGGUGGUGCAGUAUAUGGGUCAAGCUGCAUUUCUAUCUAAAAACCUCGGUGCCCUUAAAAAUAGUUUCUAUGACUCAAUACCUGAACCUGUAUUUUGGCCAGUAUUUGUUAUUGCAACCCUUGCAGCUAUUGUUGGAAGUCAGGCAGUUAUUACUGCCACUUUCUCAAUUGUUAAACAGUGCCAUGCCCUUGGUUGUUUUCCGCGAGUUAAAAUUGUCCACACCUCAAAACACAUUUACGGGCAAAUCUACAUCCCUGAAAUAAAUUGGAUUCUCAUGGUCCUUACACUUGCUGUAACUCUUGGAUUUCAAGACACAACUCUCAUUGGAAAUGCUUAUGGACUUGCAUACAUGUCGGUUAUGAUCAUCACAACAUUUCUCAUGUCGCUUGUCAUAGUCUUCAUUUGGCAGAAAAGUUUCUUACUGGCUGCCGCUUUCCUGCUAUUUUUCUGGUUCAUUGAGGGUGUCUACCUUUCAGCAGCACUCACGAAAGUGCCCCAGGGGGGUUGGGCGCCUAUCGUGCUGUCUGUCAUCUUUAUGCUCGUUAUGUACAUCUGGCAUUAUGGGACUCGUAAAAAGUACAACUUUGAUCUGCAUAACAAAGUAUCUUUAAAAUGGCUACUGGGCUUGGGUCCCAGCCUUGGCAUUGUUCGUGUGCCAGGGAUAGGCCUCAUAUACUCAGAAUUGGCAACUGGAGUACCUGCAAUCUUUUCCCAUUUUGUAACAAACCUGCCUGCUUUUCACCAGGUUCUAGUUUUUAUUUGUGUAAAAUCAGUCCCUGUUCCUUAUGUUUCCCCUGAAGAGCGCUUCCUUAUUGGCCGAGUAUGCCCAAGGCCAUAUCGCAUGUAUAGGUGCAUUGUGAGGUAUGGGUACAAGGAUAUCCAGAGGGAUGAUGGGGAUUUUGAGAACAUGCUUAUACAAAGCAUAGCAGAGUUCAUCCAGAUGGAAGCUGUAGAACCACAAUUCUCUAGUUCUGAGAGUUCAUCACUUGACGGCAGGAUGGCAGUCAUGAGCACCAGAUCUGUCCAGUCAAGCUUGAGUCUAGUAGUAACUGAGGAAGAUACUAUUGGUGUUGAUAACUCUAUCCGAAGCAGUAAAUCUCCAACCCUCCAGAGCCUGAGGUCUGCUUAUGACGAUGAUACUCCACAGAUGAGGAGGCGCCAAGUGAGGUUUACAUUGCCACAAAAUCCUUCGAUGGAUCCUUCAGUUAGAGAAGAGCUGAUGGAUUUAAUCCAAGCGAAGGAAGCGGGCGUUGCAUAUAUAAUGGGGCAUUCAUAUGUGAAGGCUAGGAGAACAUCCCCGUUUUUGAAGAAGCUAGCUAUUGAUAUUGGGUAUUCAUUCCUUCGGAAGAACUGCAGGGGUCCUGCUGUGGCACUUAACAUUCCUCACAUCAGCCUAAUUGAAGUUGGCAUGAUAUACUAUGUGUAGCUAUUUGGAGGAGUUCUUCAUGAAUUGACCAAAGUUGCAUCAGAUUUUUGGACAGAUGGAACACAAUGGUAGCUAAUGCAUUGCUUGUGACGGUGGAAAAUUUGUGAAAGUACAAGGAUCAUAGGUUGUUUUGGUGCAUAUGUUUCAAGAAACAUCUGUUCCUUUUUCCUUUGUUACUCUACUUUCCCAUAUGUAGAUAACUUUCUGCAGCUUUUACUUUCAUUUGAUGCAUUGUUUAGGCAUUUCACUUGGUUAGUUAUUGAAGAAAAAAAAAAGAAUGUUCAGUUC